AUGGCCGCCACCGCCGCACCGCCUCGUCUUCAGCCCAACUCCACCCUGCCCGCCAAAGUGCAACCCAUCCCUCCCAACCAGACUCUCUAUGUGACGAACCUCCCAUCAUCGAAAGUCCAGAAGGCCGAUCUGCGGGCCGCGCUGUACAUGCUGUUUUCGACAUACGGACCGGUGUUGGAUGUGGUCGCUCUCAAGACCAUGUCGAUGCGUGGCCAAGCCCAUAUCGUGUACCGGGAUGUGCAGACAGCCACCCAGGCUAUGAGAUCUCUGGAGGGACAAUCUUUCCUCGGCCGUGACCUUAAAAUCCAAUAUGCCAAAUCGAAGUCAAACUUUGUGGCCAAGCUCGAUGGAACAUUCAAGAUGCCCAGCGGAUCCGGGGCUGCUGUUGUUGAGCAGACGGAACUGCAACAGAGCAUCUUCAGCGCUCCUCCUCCUGGAACGGCGGCGGCACCUGGCUCUGGUCUGCCCGCUAAGCCAUCGACGAGUGUGGACCAUGUCAUGAAGGAUGCCGACUCACCAGGGGAUCGCGGCCAGAAGCGAACCCGUGACUCCGAGGACGAAAGUGACGACGAUGUGGCCAUGGAGGAGGACAGCGAUGAUGAAUAA